GUGAUUAAGGAUCGAGCCCUGAACUUCCGGGUGCGUUUCUGUAUGUGGUCCGCCUGUGUGGGUUCGGUUCUAACGGUUCUGUGAAGUGGUAUGUAGCUGACGGUGUACCGGUACCGGGGUGUGUGUGGGGGGUUUCUGUUUGUGAUGCUGAGGUUCUGGUACCGGAGGCGCGAUGCUGAGCGUGGACUCGCUUCAGGUAGCCGAGGAGGAGGUGGUGGAGUCGAGCUCCAGCCGCCUGGGAGACAUUUACACUCUGGUGGCUGAAGGCUGCUACCCGCAGGGGAUGGACCCGAUCCGCAAGAAGAACCUGAAGAGAUACGCGCAGAAAUUCAUCAUCGACGACGGGAGGUUGUACUAUGUGGGGAUGAAGAAGGAGGAGAAGCGUGAGGUGGUGAUUGAUGAUGAACGUAAGCAUCAGAUCUUCUUCGAGUGUCACUAUAAUGAGCUCGGACAUCACCUGGGUCAGAAGAAAACUGUGCACCGCAUCCAGAGCAAGUACUACUGGCUGGGCAUCGUCAAGGAUGUAGUGGACUGGAUCAAAGUGUGUGAGACGUGUCAGCAUGCAGAGAGGAACAAAAACAUGGCGAGGACCCCGAGACCGCUGAAGGUCGAAGGCCCCUGGGACACCAUUACAGUGGAUAUACUGGGCCCGUUCCCCUGCACGUCUUAUGGAGGAAACACUCACCUGGUCCUCAUCACGGAUUAUUACAGUAAGUGGGCCGAGGCGUUUCCUGUCCAGAGGAGGGACUUCCUUUGUGUGGCCAGAUGCAUUUCUUCAACUGUUUAUCGCUACGGUUCGAUAAGAACCAUACACUGCUCUCAGAACGCUGACUUCUGUGGGGAGGUGAGCAGGCAGUUGUGGGAGCGCUGGAGCUUAGAGCUGAGGGUGCAGCACAAUGCGUUGCUGGAGCGCUCCAACCAUCUUCUGAAGGACACCAUAAAGCAGGUGGUGGAGGAGAAGCAGGCAGAGUGGGACGACUUCAUCGACCCGGUUCUGGCGCUCUUUAGGACAUCGGUGAAUCCGGCCACCAAGUUCACGCCCUACUGCCUGCUGUUCAACCGCAAAGCCAGCAUGCCUGGUGAGACCAAGCUGGAUUUAUCGAGCUAUGAGCAAGAUGUUGGAAACGAUUCCCUCAACGAGGAGCCAGAUAGCAGCUUCCUCUCCUCCAUUCAGCAGCAGCAGAGUCAACUCAACCAGAUGGUUUUUUCCAACGUGACCGCUGCGUACAAGCAGGAGAAAAAAAGCGCAAAGCGGCAAAGCAGGAACGUGUCCUCCAUCACCCUGACAGUCACCGAGCCCACGUGCCCCUCAGACGACUCGCCCUCACCGAAACGACCGAAAGACGAACUGUUCCUCACGUUUCCCGUCGAGACGGUCAUCAGCGCCGUUCAGGUGGUCUCCGAGGAGGGCAAGGACGGGCUGGAGUACGUGCUCCCGGGGCCUGACGUCCACUGACCACGAUCUCGGUUACAUAUAUACGAAAUGGCGAGACGUUUGUCCGAGACGUCUGGCGUGCUCACGGCGUGUCAAGACGCUGCUCUGGAGUUUCGGCUGUUCUCGGGGCUGCGCAUUGCAUUAAAGAUGAAUGAACGAGGAACAGCAAAUGUUUAUGAUUAUGAAUAUGUGUAAGAGUUUGUAUUUUGUAUAUAAUAAUUCAGUGAUUCAAGAACUGAAGUCUUUUGUUUUUUUUUGUGUGAUUUUUCCCCAGAAUUUGUUUUUCCAUCAUGUUGGCUUUUAGGUUAAUAAACCGCUAACAUUUA